AUGCAAGUUGACGGCGUUGCCGCUGAUGUCGAACCCACCAGACAUGAGACCACACCCGCCGUGAAGGAAGUCAAACCGAAGAAAAAGCGGUUCAUGAUGUCCCCCUUGAAGAAGAGCUUUUCUCCCAACAACUCUCAAGACGGUAACAGCACCGACGACUCCGCCCAUGCCAAGCCCAAGAAAAACCAGCCCCUUGCAGGCAGGUUCAAACACGUCCUCUGCCAAGUCAAAUCCAAAGUGACAAUGCUGCUCCUACCAGGUGAAAAUGAGUCAAUGACACCUCCGGCGGCGCCCCUUGAAGACCUCACCGUAAGUUGCGUUGCAUUACCCAUGGAUGCCGCUCUUCCCAAUGACAACGCUGUCACUGCUUGA